CAGUGUGUGUCGGUUAAUGAAGGCUAAGGGCCGAUGUUUGAAGUUGGUGCUACUUCUUGUUGCUCUAUCUACUUUGUACUUUUUUUACAUUGGGGAUACAGAUCAGAAUAAAGCAUUGGAAAUAUCGAUUGACAGUAAGAUACAAAGUGACAGUAUCAAAAAAUCUUCUUUCAUUAACGGUGAGUUGAGAGCUAGAUUGGUGAAGGUGAGAUGUAAGGAGUUCCCUGAGUUAAAGACAUGUCUCUAUCCUAGUAGAGGGGUUCAUAAGCGGAUGCUUCCUGUUGAAGACAAGAAGUUCGCUCUCUGUGUUAUGGGCAAAACAGGUUCAUCCAACUGGAAGACUCUUAUCUUACAAAUGAGAGGACUAAUCACAGAGGAGGAAGCAAAGAACAUGACAUACCCUCACAGCAAGGAGUACUGGGACGAUGGAGGCACAGUUUAUUACUACAGAAAACCAGAGAGGAAUCGUAAAAGAAUGGUCAGGACGAUAAACGAUGAAUAUUACAAGAUAACGUUUGUAAGGGAUCCUUUAUCACGACUACUCUCAGGAUAUAGAGACAAAUUCACAGGAACCUCGGAAGAUCACUCGUUUAAAGUGUACAGAACUAAAAGAGCAAUAGAGAUGUGCUCGUGUGUUGAGGAAUUAAUGGCGAUACGACCUGACGGUGACAUUGUGCCAAAAGAAAUAUACUCCUUUAUGGAGCAGGAAGUGGAGCACCAUUGUAAAAAAGGUGAAGAAUUCGUCACCCUCGGUAUAUUUUUCUUGAUCGCCAUAUUCAUGCCUCAAGAUUUCAAGGGUGAUGUGCUGAAAGAUCUGAUAGUCAAUACUCAUUUCAAUGACAUGCUUAGUAUGUGUGACCAUUGCAGGAUAAAUUACGACUUUAUAGGUACUGUUGAAACAAUGGACAGCGACUUUGAAUUUCUGAAGAAUAAACUAGGGAUAGAGUACGAUUUACUGCAAAUAGCGAGUACACAGACAGGGGUAAUGAGUAAAGGAGAAGUUCAAACCAUGUGGCAAAACCUCCCGUAUAUCCUCAAACAGUAUGUUUACAUGUGGUUGGGUAAUGAUGCAACAGCAUUUGGAUACAUUGGUUAUGAUGUUGAUAUAGAUAAGAAGCUACUUCCCAGGCAUUAUGAAAGGCGUACUAAUUGCAACAACUUUUUUAAUGAAUAGCAUUUUCAUUAUUAUUAUGAUUAUACUAGUCUUUUUAAGUUUUUGGGCUUAGUUUUGAUUUGCUUUUCAAAACCAGUUUUAUAU